GGACGUGCCUGGAGUUUCGGCCCGCCUUCCCCUGAAGAACUUGGUACCUUCCAAUUGGCCGCGACGUGCAGUGGCUUGACGCCAAUUGGCUGCCACCUUGUGCUGCCCCGACGGACGGAGAUGCUUAGAAUGCUUUAACGCGUCAGGGUAGCGGAGAGCGGUGAGUCGAGUCGCACCGUGCGGUUGCUGUCUGGCGUACCACUCAUCGCUUCUGCUCAGGGGAAAAAAAGCAAAUGGAAGGCCUGCCUGAUGCUGCUGCUUUUGCAACUGAACUUAAAAACACUCUCAUCCAGUACCAUAGCAUCGAAGAUGAUAAGUGGCGAGUUGCGAAGAAAACGAGAGAUGUCACAAUUUGGAGAAAACCUUCAGAAGAAUUUAAUGGAUAUCUUUUCAAAGCCCAAGGAGUUAUAGAUGAUGUUGUCAAUGGUAUAAUGGACCACAUACGCCCAGGUCCCUGUCGCUUGGAUUGGGACAGCUUAAUGACUUCAUUGGAUAUUUUGGAACACUUUGAAGAGAAUUGCUGUGUGAUGCGUUACACCACUGCUGGUCAACUUUGGAAUAUCAUUUCCCCAAGAGAGUUUGUUGAUUUCUCCUACACGGUGGACUAUCAAGGAGGGCUUUUAUCCUGUGGGAUAAGUCUUGACUGGAGUGAAAAGAGACCAGAGUUUGUUCGUGGAUAUAACCAUCCCUGUGGUUGGUUUUGUGUUCCCCUGAAAGACAAUGCAAACCAGAGUGUUUUGACAGGCUACAUUCAGACGGAUCUGCGUGGGAUGAUUCCUCAGUCUGCAGUAGAUACAGCUAUGGCAAGCACUUUAAUCAACUUCUAUGGUGAUUUACGAAAAGCCUUACAAAAGGCAUAAUACGUUUAAUCUUUCAGUACCAUGGUUUCCUGAAUCAACUUUUUCUCUUAGCUCCAUGGCCUGUAUAGAACCUCAAUCACCCUUUCCUCUCUUCUUUAUAGCCUGUAGUUUUUGGGUUAUUUUAUUCAUAAAGUAAAUAGCUAUCAAAGAGAGGGCAUUUUAGUUUUCUUAAACAGUUAUUUGCACAUUGUUUGGUAUGAGUGUGUCUGAGAGUGGAGAAUAUGACAGGAAUUAACCAAGAAGUAGAUAAGAGACCCAAACUCUUAAGAAAUUGAAUAGUGCCUCACUAUGAAAUUUGUUGGCUGCUUGGAAAUUUGAGAAAGCACAAGCUUCAUGCUGUUAAGUGUAAAAUAAUCUAUUUUAGAGCUUUAUGGACGUUUUGUAAAAGUUUUAAUUUUUUUCAAAAGUUAAAUCUUAGUACUUUACUUUUGGUAUGCUCUGUGAGUUUGCCAAUAUCUUGGACUAAAGAAAAGCGCUUCUCUAUAUUUUAUAAAAAUGAACUUCAUUGUCAAUUGACUUGCACUACUUUAAGUACUGAAAAGAUAAGAAAUAUGAAAAGGAUAGCUGCUAAAGUAACUAUAGGUUCAAAUCAAAUGCAAUUCAAUUUUGAUACCUAGGUAACAUUAUUUUGUGGUUAUCUUUAAAAAUAUAGUUGUAUGUUUAUGUGUAUUUGGGAGCCUUAAAACAUUAAUGCAUGAAUAAAACAGUACAAAAAAACCCUGCCAAAUAUGUGCUGGGGACACCACAUUAAUUGGGCCCACAUUAAUUAGUCGUGUGGGUCGUAUGAAGUGGCUGGUGGUAUCCUGUAUCUAGCAACAGGGAAUCAUCUCUCUAAGAACAGUGGUCCCCAAUCUUUUUGGCACCAGGGACCAGUUUUGUGGAAGAUGGGAGCAGGGCUAGCAGGGAUGCGGAGCCCUGGCAAGCCUCCCUUGCUUGCUUGCAGCUGCGGAUGGAGCAGGCGGAGACAGGAGGUGGAGCUCUGGCGAGCUUCAUUUGCUGCCCGGUCCCUAACAGGCUGUCGGGACCCUGGGAUUGGGGACCCCUGCUCCAGAAGGUCAAAUUCAAUGAAUGUUUUAUAUGUGUUUCACUUUUAAAAGUAUUACUCAGCUCGUAAAGUAUUACUAACUACUUCAUAAAUAUUCGCAAUUGUGAUGUAAUUUUUUGUCUGAAACUAACUAAUGAGUUCAGAGAUUUAUCCAAAUGCCUAGAUGAGUCAUUUUAUAACUAGAAUGGACUAUAAUAGGUCCCUCGAUUCUAUGGCUGCCUUAAAUGAAUAUUCCUAAACUAUUUUAGAAUUCCAAAUGACUCUGGCUUUUGAACUAUCCACCUAGUUUACUUCUAAAAUGAGAAUUUAAGGCAUCACAAUGUGUCCGGGCACAACUUUUAUGCAUUUAUGUUUGUAUACAUGCACACAUCUUGAAAUCUAUUUAAUUGUUCAUUGUUCUUUUUGUGUUAUUAUUACUUUUUCAUUUCUUUUUUCUUUUUUUCUUUUUGGUUAAUAUGGGGUAAAAUGAAAUCUGGAAACAUGAGCCAGAUAGGCCACAAAAAGUGCCCGAACCUAUAUGGUUCAGGCACAUGAAGGUUGGAUCUGUGUUUUACAUUGUUGUGUUUUCCCGAGUGUAAAGAGAGCACGAGUCAUUGUUCGUCAGACCCAUUUUGAUAAAGUGGAAAAAGUAGAGCUUGUUUUGUCUUUAUUUUUAUUUUUUUAAUUUUUUUGCUAUUAGCAUUGGUGUUAAAAAAAACAACAGCAGCAAAAGGUUGCAGCACUGCAAUAUCCAUGGUGAAUGAGCUCACAGUUUUUAGACUGAAAAUAAUUUGUUUCAAGAUCUGACAGAAAUAAUGCAUGAAUGAUCUUAUUUUCUUAACUUGAAAUUUACUAAUCAAUAUUUUUUCUAAGUUGACUGUAACUUUGAGUUGCUGGAUUUCUCUCCCACUUUUUUCUUUUUGUAAUAUGAAAAGAAAACUCAGCAAUUUAGUUUUUGGUUUCCCAUGGAAAUUGUUGAAUGUUGAUUUUGACUUGAUGUAUUCUUUUUCAUUUGGUUUCGUUAGUGUAGAGUAGGAAGUUUCUUAUAUUCCAGUAUUCUAUCUAAGAUGGUGAUAUACCAACAGAUGUUCAGUUAUAAAAUGCCCAGAUUGGGUAAAGGGAUUUGUAACAAUGUUGUACAGAAGGGCUAUUAUUGCUUAAUUUAGGUGCCCCUAAACACAAAUUAACUUCAGUUACUCUAAUGUUUCCUUUGUCCUUUUCAACUUACACCUCCAAUUAGUGAUUAUUACAUAACCCACUGUUUACUGUGGACCUAUUAUAGGUGAAAGGACACUCAUGGGAAAAGUUUUCAUUGCAAUAUUGAGUCAUAUGGAUUGAGAAAUUAUAUUUGAAUUACCUGAAAUUUAUAUGCAGCUUCAAGAUGGCACUUUAGAUCUGCUGGGCUCUAGCUGUAUACUUAAAAAUAAACAGCUUUAUGGAGGAAUAAUGUACAUGCCAUAAAAUUGACCAGUCAUAGGUUUACAAUCCGGUGAUUUUUGAAUACAUUUAUAGUUGUGCAGCCAACACCGCAAUCCAGUUGUAGCACAUUUUCAUCUUCCCAAAAGAUCCCUUUGCCUGUUGGCAAAUUCAUACCUAACUAAAGUUGCCGGUGUACAGAGGACAAUGAAAAAGAUUAGAGUAGGUUUUGUGUUGAAGAGUAGAAGUAUAUACUUGAAUCUAAGCUCAGGAUCCUUGUGUUAAUGUGUUAAAAUACGUUAUCUCAAGUACCAUAAUGAUACAAAAAUUAAACGAUGGGGGCUGGGAUCAAUGAGUUCGCUGUUUCUGUGGCAGUGUUCUUGAACAGAAAAAUAACGUGAAGCCAUAUGCCAUUUAAAAUUUUCCAGCAGUAACAUUAAAAAAAUAAAAAGAAAUAGCUGGAGUUAACUUUAAUAAUUUAGUUCAUUUAACUCAGUAGAUCUAAAAUAUCAUUUCAACAUUAAUCAGUAUUUAAAAUCAUUAAGUACCUUACAAUCUUGGUAUACUACUAAUUCUUUGAAAUCUGGUGUAUAUUUAUUUUACUAAUUAGUACUAGCCACAUUUUAAAUGCUCAUUAUGCACAUGUGGCCAGUCUCCUGUAUUGAACAGCACAGUUAUAAAGUAUAUUAAUUUGUUGUUUUAUAAUAUGAAAUAGAGAAUUCCAUGGAAUUACUCUUUAAUUACAAAAUCUUUUCUGACUUUUGAACUUUCAGGGCUUGCUAAGUGGGGACUUCUGAACAUUAGAAAUGUCAGUUAGUAGUUUUCAUUCAAAUAAAAAUUACAGUCCCCUAAAACUUCCUUUAAAGAUAACUUUUCUUAGGGCAGUUAAUGAAAGAAUGUACUCUGCUUUGUUGUUAUGUGGUUGAUUAUUUUCUCUAGCCAAUAGCUAGUUUGUAUUAGAAACAUGUAUGCAGGACUACUUGGCAUAGUACUGUUUUUAGUACAUAGUACCUAUUUUUUUAAGAAAAUUAAUUUCAUACAAGAAAAAGUAAUUUAUCCUAAGUGAUACUUUUGCAUGAGAUAUUUGUUCUAUUUGAUAACUCUUGGUUAACUCUUGAAGUUUGACAUGAUAAUCAGGAAAAAUAAUUAUGAGAAUUUAGUGUUCUGCAGUUAUGUGUAAUAGAAACUUCUAGAGUAUUAAAGAGAUUAUGAAUGUUAAUAAUCUCUAUAUUUCACUGUUCAUUGAGGUUGGAUAUAUUUGAAAUUAUAGGUUUCUAUGUCUAAAAUUAUCUCCCACUAUAAAAAGCUUUUGGGUAUAAGUAAUUCCUUUCGAUAUAGGUAAAAGUUUUAUCUGUCUACUCAAGAACACACUAGCAUCCUUAAAAUGUGUUGUUAAAAUCCAGUGUCUUUUCAUUUAGUGGGUGCUGUAGCUCUCCAAACCCUGUGGGUAAAUUAACAGAACCCAGGGAGGUUAGAGAAUUGACCAGAUUUUUGUUAGAAUCUGUGUCGUAUAAUUACUUGUCCGAUGUAUCUCCUGCGCCUUCCUUAUUCAGCUGCUAGAGGUAGGGGAUGGUGGGGUCUGAGCAUGAAAGAAGCUUUGGAUCAAUCCCAGAGCACAGGAACUUGACAUUAUACUUUCUUCAUUACUUUGUUGUUUCCAAAGAUUUUUACGUAAAUAAUUAAAUAAUUCAUCUCUUGUAAUUCAGUAAAAGCUAUACUAUAUAUAGAUUUUAUUUUUAAGCCAUGUAUAGUUCUUUUGUGAGCCAGCCUGUAAAACUAGAACCUUUAUUAAAGUAAGAGCAUGUGUUACUAUAAAUGUGUAUGUAUUUUUAAUUGCUAUGAAAUAUAUCAGAAUAAAAUUUCUAGACUCUUGUAAUUUAUCAUUGAUGCUGUGUGUGUAAGUUGCUUUAACCUUAAGUACUGACAAAUAAUUUGAUAUAUCUGAACUUAAAGUAUACAAUUUAACUUCCUGAACUCUUCCAAAACUAUGCAUAUAAACUGGAAAAUAAAGAUUACUA